AUGCCAGAAGAUAACAUGGACAAACCACAUAUAGUUACAUGCACAGCUCCGGUGAAUAUAGCUGUCAUUAAAUACUGGGGGAAGAGAGAUGAAGACUUGAUUUUACCCACUAACUCGUCCUUGAGUGUCACACUGCAUCAAGAUCAGCUGAAAACUACCACAACAGUUGCAACCAGCAGAUCAUUUCAGGAAGAUCGAUUAUGGCUGAACGGCAAGGAGGAGGACAUAGCAAAUCCCAGAUUACAGUCCUGCCUGAGAGAAAUUCGACGAUUAGCCCGAAAGAGGCAUAAUGAUGGCGACCCCGAUUCGACCCGUUCUACUGGUUUGUCCCACAAGGUUCACAUUUGCUCUGUUAACAACUUUCCCACUGCUGCUGGACUUGCCUCUUCAGCGGCUGGAUUGGCUUGUCUCGUGUAUAGUCUAGCUCAAGCGUUUGGGGUGGAUGGAGACCUGUCUGGGAUUGCGCGUCAAGGUUCAGGCAGUGCAUGCAGGAGCAUGCACGGUGGCUUUGUCCAGUGGAUCAUGGGUACCAGAGAUGAUGGGAAAGACAGUGUAGCCCAGCAGGUGGAGCCAGAGACUCACUGGCCUGAGCUGAGGAUCCUGGUGCUGGUGGCCAGUGCUAAGCGGAAGCCAAUAGGCAGCACAUCUGGGAUGCAAACCAGUGUGCAAACAAGCUGUCUAUUAAAGCACCGUGCCGAGUCUGUCGUCCCAGGCCGGAUGGUCGAGAUGAUUGAAGCGGUGCGAAGAAAGGACUUUCCUGCGUUUGCUGAGCUAACCAUGAAGGACAGCAACCAGUUUCACGCUACCUGCCUUGACACAUACCCUCCCAUCUUCUACCUGAACAGUGUGUCUCAGCAGGUCAUCCACUUAGUGCAUCGUUAUAACAGACAUUACAGGGAGACAAGGGCUGCCUACAGCUUUGACGCAGGGCCCAAUGCCGUGAUCUUCACUUUACAGCAGCACGUUCCAGAGUUUGUCCGGGUGGUUCAGCACUACUUCCCCCCAGAAGCCAAUGGAGAAGACUUCAUUAAGGGUCUUCCAGUAAAACGUGCUGGUCUGUCUGAAGAGCUGAAAAAGGGAAUUGGUUUGGAGCCCAUGCCAGACGGAAUAAACUACAUUAUUAGUACCAAGGCUGGACCAGGCCCAUGUGUUGUGAAGGACUCUGCUCAGCAUUUGCUGUCACCAGAUGGGCUACCAAAGAAAACU